CUUCCCUCCUCCUCCUCCUCCUACUUCUUCUCCUGUCUCUGAAUAGAGUAAAGAAGUGGCCGACCUUUUAUCAUUCUCCUCGGCUCCCCGUCCUCUCUCUUCCCUCCUGCUCUCGCGUUUAUCUUCGCUCUUCGCCCUCUUCUCAAGCACCCGAAUCUUCACUCUUCGGUCCCGAACAACCUAGCUCUUGUCUUCACCUUGCAGCACUGAGACUUCAUCAAAGGAACUACUAUCACUACUCGCAUACACAUACACGCCUUAAGCGCCAGACAAGCGGCCCUACGUACCUACACAAUGCCAAGCGCAACAUCGCCGCCGCCGGGUCCUGACCCCACCCUCCACCUCCCGCGUAUCCUCUGCCUCCACGGCGGCGGCGUCAACGCCUCCGUCUUUAAGGUCCAAUGCCGCGCUCUCAUCUCCCGUCUCAAGAACAGCUUCCGUCUGGUCUUUGUCGACGGGCCCUUCAUGUGCGCCCCUCACCACGAUAUCAUCUCCGUGUAUGGCGACUAUGGCCCCUUCCGCCGCUGGCUGCGUUGGCUUCCGGAGCACCAGGCCGUAGACGCCGAGACGGCGUCCGCCGAGAUCCACUUCCAGCUACGCAUGGCAAUGGACGACGACGAUGCCAUCGGUGCGACGGGGGAGUGGGUGGGGUUACUGGGAUUCAGCCAGGGGGCCAAGAUCAGUGCCAGCUUGAUGUACACGCAACAACAGCUGAAGAAGAAGUACGGCAAGCGCAUCACGUCGGCAGGCGGCUCAGCAGACUGGAAGUUUGGCGUGCUUCUUGCGGGCAGAGCCCCCUUGAUUGUACUCGAUGACAGGUUAGAAGUGCCGCAGGGUGUCGGUGAUGCGGCCGAGGCGAGCGUCGAGUUCCAUGACUGGCCGACGGGCCCGGGGACGGACCACGUCUUGAAGCUGCCAACGAUUCACGUCCACGGCAUGAAGGAUGCUGGGUUGGACCAUCACCGGGUGUUGCUGAAGCAGUAUUGCCAACCGGGUACGACACGGUUGGUCGAAUGGGACGGUGCUCACCGCGUGCCCAUCAAGUCGUGGGACGUGGAAGCGGUUGCGACACAGAUUCUCGAUCUGGGAAGGGAUCUGGGAAUCGUGAGGGAGGAGAUUGAGGUAUAGAUUCUGGGGUGCACUGCAUAGCAUGUUGGCGGAAUUGUUUGAGUACCCAUUUACAUUUUUUUUUUCCAUAUUUUCCAUUGGAUAUCUUGAUGAAAGCAUAC